UAGUGACACUGUGAAAGACCUGCCACUCGUGAUCAAUAUCCAAAAGUAUUCGUGUGAACGCAAAUUUGAACAUCAUCGAAGAAGACUUACGACAAUAGGCGAUCUUUGAUGUGUAACGGAAGUAGUUCCUUCAGUGACAAGAAUUGCCUUCUGAUCAAAUUCGCUCCUCUCUUCUCUUUGCAGAGUAACAAGCAGCAGACGAUUUAUCUCACGAUGAGUGCUGUUGUACCCAACCAUCGAAGGACAAAGCCAGGAGGCAUAAAGCCAGGAGCAGCAGCCACCGGUGUGACUGGACCAACGUCUCAGAUUCCCGGUCUGUCCCAGACUGCUGACCAAAGCACCGAAGUCGAGAGGAUGAGCGGACGGCGGGUUGGCGUCUUUGAGUCCGACUCCGACUACGUCAAGCUUGCAAAGCAAGGGGGGCAUAAAGGGCUGUUGAGCCAUGAUGCCGAUGUGGAUGACAAGCCUCAGACAGCCUACAAUCCCAACAACUGGUUUUCAGGUGAUGAAUCCAACAGCGGCAGCAAAGCAACGUCUCCCAACAGCCAGGCGAAGGGCGGCAGGCAGCCUUUGCUUGCACCGUUUGGAACUGAUAACAGUUCAUCCUGGGAAAGAGAGACUGAUAUAUUUACUCAUGAUAAAGAUAAGAUGUCUCCCGAUGGUACCGCCACUCAGUUGGAGGGGUUGUCUGUGAGCAACAAAUACAAGCGAACGUCUCACAAUAAGCAAAUGGCCCCCGUCAGCAUGUCCAAGCUGCUGAGCCAUGGCUACGUGGAGGACAAAAAGAAGUCGCCCAAUGACGACGAUUCCUCAAGUGUGACCUCGGAGCAAACAAGCACCGUUGCAACGGAGGAUGUAGAUGACCUCGAUUAGUGCAUCGAGUCGCCGUUCUCACGUUCACUCACUCUUCUCAGUCAUUCACUGACUGUUUGUGCUCAUGUUUAUGCAGAGGGAAGAGCUCUUUUGAUUUGCUUUGGUUUGGAUAAAGCAUUUCAUUGAUUAGAUGUGAUGAUGUUGUUUUGGUUUUGUAACGCAAUUCCCCGAUUCGACAGGUAUCUUGCGAGCCGUGGGGACAACUACCUUUUUGGUUCUCUUAAAAUGUUUCCAUCCUUAAGCAUGCUUUUGAGCUGCUCAAUUUGCCGGCCUAAUUGUGUGAAGUCCGUUCUUGAUGUGUUGUGCUAAUUUAUUUGCGUUAAAGUGUAGUAAAAUAAAGUGUGUGUUUGAGCUGCAGGUGCGAGUUGACUGCAAAGCCGGCAGUUACAAAGUGAUGUUUAGCUUCCAGUUCUGCAAAAUAUUUGUUUGAUGCUGUAUUAACCUGAUGUCUCAUGUUCUGACUGUAAGCAGAAUAAAACUGACUCUAAUUGCAGUUAUAGAUGUGCCUGUGCCAAGUGUUGGGUGACGACAUUGCGUUACUUACUUACUGAUAUUUUGCAGACCAACAAACUAAACAUGUUCUGAAGUACAAGUGAGUCAUGAAAGUACUCUGUGUAUAUAGUACUAAUCAAGAAGAUGGACCUGGCCCAUGCAAUAUUUGGAUUUCAUGACAAACCCAACAUCCCACCAUCUCCCUCUUUGAGCAAGAGUGAAUCUGGAGAGAAGCUAGUUCGUCAUCGUACAAGUAUACUUAGGCCAUCCCAAAACCUCUUUAGAUUUCUCACCGACCUCUUGAGACACUUACUGCUUUUGAUUCUUUCUCCCAACAAUAUAUCAACCUGACCGUGAUGAGAAAAUCCACAUCCGGCCGAGACAGGUCAUGUUCAAACAGAAAAAAUGCCUUUUUGAAGACAGGAACACAACUGUCAUUCAUUAAAACUAAUCUGAUGAGGUAUGUUUCAGCAAUACAAAAAUGGUGAAGUUUUGUCCCUUUUUAUAAUGUUCUCUUUGGAGCUCAGGUCUCCUUUUAUUUACUGUUCAUGCAUAUACAUAUAUCACCGCUUCAACUGUAACAAAUUGGCACGAAACAGUGAGACCACACAUAUGCUUGGAGUGACUCACCAACAUGUGAUUCCUCAAACACACAUUUUAUUUCAAUAAAUUGGCAUGUGCAUGUA